UAGUACAAUAUUAAAUUUACCAACUUUUCAAAAACACAAAAAAAAAAUAUUCAUAAAAUAGAGUUUGAGUAAAGUUAAAGAAAAUGGAAUUUUUUUUUUUUUUUUUUUUUUUUUGGGGGUGGUAUAAAAGGGUUCUAAGUCCUAACUCAUGCAAACCAAAAAAAAUAGUGGACAAGAAAGUCUUAAAGGCUGACUGUCUCACUGUCACUUUAAAGACUAAUCUGUGUAUCUAGAAAAUGUUCACACCCUAGUCAAAAUUUCUUCAUAUCAUGCUUAAUAAAAAAACCCUAAACAAUCUUCAAUUCUUAGAUCCUCACUUCUUUAUUCUACUACUUAAUCCUUCAAUUCUAUCAUCUAUUCAUCACACUUUACUUCAAUUAUCAAUAUUUACAUACACCAUUCCAUUCAUAGCCGUCAUCCCAAAGUUAUUCGAUCAAGGUGGAUCGUCCAAGGCAAGGAAAGAGGCCUCUUAUGGCAUCCGACGACAACAAUGAAAAUUACAAUAAAAUUGAAACCAAUAACUACGAUUAUUACCAACACCACCACGGUCAAGGUGGUAGUCAUGGUGUUGAUGAUGGUAGUCUUGUUAACUUCCCGGUGUACUCGGCUCGGUCUCAGCAUGACAUGUCUGCCAUGGUUCAAGCCCUUUCUCAAGUCAUUAGCAAUAAUAAUAGUACCGCCUCUCAAGCUCAUCGAGAUCUUGCUAUUCCUACUCAAAUUUUUCAUGCUAACCAACCACAAAAUAUAAAUUUUCAGCCCCUUGAAGCUAAUCAAGGUGAUGUGAGGAAAAGACACUAUAGAGGAGUUAGACAAAGACCAUGGGGGAAAUGGGCAGCAGAGAUACGCGAUCCAAAGAAAGCAGCACGCGUGUGGCUUGGAACAUUCGACACAGCUGAAGCUGCGGCUCUUGCCUAUGAUGAAGCUGCUCUUAAGUUCAAAGGAAACAAGGCUAAGUUAAACUUCCCUGAAAGAGUUCAAGGCAAGUUAAGUGACUUGGAUUUCUACAUGCCAUCCUCUUCGGCUCUUCAACAACCACCACCACCACAACAACAAAACCACCAAAUGUUUGUUAAUCAAGUAGCUAACUAUCCAUUUCCUAAUCAUCAUCAAGCAUCUAAUCACAACUAUAUGAUGGCUUCGUCGGCUUUUCCUCCUCAUGGGGAUAAUCAAGCAUCAACAUUUGCACAACAUCCAAACUUUCAUUAUACUUCUCAACAAUAUGAGGCAACUCCUAGUUAUAAUGUAUCCGAAUCAUCGGUUUCUUAUGGAGAGGAUCAUAGCUUUGCUUCUCAUCCCUCUUACUCGUCUAUUAAGAUGGAAACCCUCAAUCCUGAAGAUUUACAAGAACAUGAACACAUGUUUUUUUCAAGUUCAUCACUAAAGUGAAUAGUGAUCACCAUUAUGCACGUCUCUUAAGCAAGUAGAGUGCAACUUUAUUUCUUGUUAAAAUGCUUUCUUUUCUUGUAUUAUGCUUGUAUCUUAUAAGUAUAUAGCAAAGUUUGUUUUUCUUGAUUGUCAAAUGGAAGUUGAUCAUAUAUUGGAGAACGAAGUUGAUCCCUCCAUUCGGAA